UCUACAACAAUGUGGUGUACUAAACUCGCUAGAUUUUUUUCUCAGAAAUUCUCCACAAGAAAAUUUCAUGCCACUGCUGCAAGAAUCUCAAAAUGGAGGGAUUUUAUGAAGGAAGAGUUACAAAAUGAUACAAAGCGUCUAAGAACCGAAGAGAGUGACAAAGUUUGCAUCUACAGAGUCCCAACGAGCAUGCGUCAGGUUGAACCAAAAGCCUACACGCCCAGCAUUGUUUCCAUUGGUCCAUGCCACAGAGGAGCACCUCGCCUCCAGAAAAUGGAGAUUCUCAAGAAGAAUCUCUAUCGCCGCCUCUUCGAUCCGAAUGGCCCCAAUGCAUCCAAACUAGACAAGGCUUUUGAGGCCCUGGAGGGGAUAGAAGACAAGGUGAGGAGUUGUUACAAGGAAGAAAUCGCUCUCGAAAGCGACGAGUUCCUUAAGAUGAUGCUGAUUGAUGGAUCCUUUGUCAUUCAGCUCUUGAGGGACUUAUCGGAACAAGAUGGAAUUCUACAAACAAGUUAUCUAAGCAGCAGGUGGAUGCUGCCAGUCAUUCGCCGCGAUUUGAUCAUGCUUGAAAACCAACUCCCGUUCUUUGUUUUGAACGAAUUGUUCGAUUUAACAAACACUGAUUCUGUUUCGUGCCAACAACAAAAACAACCAAGCAAAAGUCUCAAGUAUCUCAGUCUUGAAUUCUUUUACCCUCUGCUCCAGGCUGGGUCGGAAACCAUUCCGCCUUGCGAGAAGCUUGACGAGUUAGAGGUUGAUCACUUUCUUCAUCUUCUUCGUUAUGCCAUCGUUAAGCGGAGCGAACUCAAAUUAGAAGUGAAGGCAGGGGAUCAGCGUUACAUGAUUCGCCCUGCAACCGAGUUAUCUGAGGCCGGAGUGAAGAUCAAACCGGAUAAGAAUCCAAACCGGAGGCUUUUGAAUAUAACCUUCAAGAAGAGACCAUGGCUGCUAACUAGAGAACUCACUAUCCCUCCUUUAUACAUGAAUGAUCACAGAGGAACCGUGCUUCGAAACAUCGCUGCAUUCGAGAAGUGUCACAAAGGAAUCAAACCGGAUGUAACGACCUACUUGUUUUUCUUCAACGGACUCAUAAACUCAGCAGAAGAUGUAGCUCUUCUCCAUUACAAGGGUGUGCUUCACCAUUCCUUAGGGUGCGAUAAAGAGGUUGCGCAAUUGAUCAACAACAUUUCAAAAGAAAUGGUUCUUGACAAGAAGGAAUCGUACCUUUACGAAGUGGUGAAUGCAGCAAAUAAAUAUUGCGGUAACAAAUUUGCAAGAAUGAGGGCUUGGUUGGUGCAUAACUACCUUAGUGGAUGGGGUGUGGGAAUUUCAACAAUUGGUGCGAUUUUGGCACUUUACUUCACUUUGAUUCAGACUGUGUAUGGGUUUAAAGAAACGAUAAAAGAUUGGGGGAAUUACAGGUUUGGGUCACUACUCUUAGAAGCAUUGAUUAUUACUCCUCUCAAGGGUGUUCCAAAAUCCAUGGUCUCUGCAGCGGAACGUUAUAAAGGAGCCGCUGGUUCUAACAAUUGUGGAGAUAGGUGCAGGGAAAUUCUAAAUAUGUGUAUGGAAGUGUGUAUCACUGAAUAAGAUUUCUUGUUUGAAGGAAUUUUGU